AUGGUGCUGAUCCACUCCCAAGAAGAAGAAGAAGAAGAACUGGAGCCAAAUUCAGCUCGGGAAGAUGUUGGUCUUGCAGGCCUGUGGAACUAUUCCAAGUUGGAGUUGGGGCUAGACAGAUUUCCGCUUCAUGAUGCUUUAUCAUUCCUGCUUCAACGCCGCCUAGCAUUCCGAGUGCGCAUCCGCGACCAGCAAACCGCCAAGUUAAUAUUUGCCCGAGCUGGCCCAGUAAUCCGGUUCGACGCUCUCUCAUCGCUGAUCGAUGUUCUCUUUAUGAGUUGCGAGGCUGGACUAGAUGAAGAGGAUACGAAGCAAUCGUGUCAGAAGUUCGACGACCUGCUUUUUACUUUUACGGCUCAGAUUUGCAGAGCGAAUGGAGUUCAAUUAAAGGUGGAGCGGAAAGAUCUCGGUGAAGAUGGAUCAAAUAUACGGUCGGACCUCACUGUGUUCUGCAAUGGGUGUCUUGUGCUUUGUGGAGAAGAAAGAGAAGGCGUUGCGGAUAUGAACGACACAAUCGCCGAGCUCAUUCCAAAGAUGAAAUGCUGGAAUUCACAAUUUUUUGGCGAGCUUCCGUACAUUUUGGGCUACGUUGCAUGCGGGGACCGUCGGGAGCUGUUUGCAUUCCGACGCAAACCCAUGUUUUCCAUCUGUGAAGUUCCACGACGAUGGCAAUCAAGGUUUUCUACAAUUUGGCCUUCUUCCUGA